AUGUCCUUUUUAAUUAAACAACCGUUGUAUAAAAGAUUCUCACUUGAUCAACAAUGUCCCCAAACAUCGCCGACAUCUUAUCUUGGACCACCAUCACUCAAUCGUCAAUUUAUGAUGUCUUCACCGAUACAUUUAACGCAUGAAUCAACCAUAAUUAAGCACAGUUUGUACACAAUUUUUAGUAAACCACAACAGCCAGUGACGAAUCAGUAA